UGAAGCCAUGUUUUUCUGGAUCCCUUGAAAAGAAGAUAGAUCAUGGUCACAAAACAACAACUUUGGUCUUAAUCAUAGUGAUACCGAUUGGAGUUAUUGGUGUUGUUGCGAUGGUUGUUGUCAUAUGGUUGAUUCCACUAAGAAGGUGCAUUAAAGAAAUGCCACGGGCAUCCAGAGAAAAUUUGUUCACAAUAUUGAACUUUGAUGGGAAUAUUGCAUAUGAAAGCAUAGUAGAAGCAACAGACAACUUUGAUUCAAGAUACUGCAUUGGAGUGGGAGGAUCUGGAAGUGUAUUUCGAGCUGAGUUAUCCAAUGGUCAGGUGUUUGCAGUAAAAAAGUUGAAUGAUGAAUCCAUACAAGGAGAUGGAUCUCGGGACUUCAAAAGUUUUACAAAUGAGAUUCGCAGUUUAAGUGAGGUGAGACAUCGGAAUAUUGUUAGGUUGUAUGGUUUUUGCUCUCAUGUGCGACAUUCAUUCAUAGUUUAUGAGUACUUAGAAGGUGGAAGCCUAGCGCAAGUAUUGAGCCAUGAUGAAAAAUCAAUGGAAUUGGAUUGGAUUAAGAGGGUGAAUGUUGUUAAAGCUGUGGCAAAAGCAUUAUCAUACAUGCACCAAGGUAGUUUCCCUACCAUUGUUCACCGAGACAUAUCCAACAAGAAUAUUCUUUUUGACCAAGAAUAUGAGCCUCAUAUAUCUGAUUUUGGCACGGCUAGACUCUUGAAUUCCAAUUCAUCGAAUUGGACUUCGUUUGCUGGAACAUUUGGCUACACUGCUCGAGAGUUUGCUUACACAAUGGAGGUGAACGAAAAGUGUGAUGUGUUCAGUUUUGGAGUGGUAGUUUUAGAAUUGAUUAUGGGACAACAUCCUGGAGAACUUGUUGCAUCCAUUUCAUUAUCAUCAUUAUCUGAAAACCAAAACGUUGUUUUGAAGGAAGUGUUGGACCCUCGACUUUCAAGUCCUGGGAAACAUGAAGCGGAAGAAUUGGUGUUGAUUGCAAAGAUAGCAUUUGCAUGUCUGAAUUUCAAUCCAGGAUCUCGGCCAACCAUGUUCCAAGUUUCUGCAUUGCUGUCCAAGAAAAUGCAGCCUUCAAACUUGUUCCCUGAUAUCACACUUAACCAAUUGUUUGGUCUUGAAUUUCCCACUGCCUGAGUACAACAUUAAUCUUCAUUUGCAUACUAUAUA